AUGGGUGUGCAAUCGUUAUGGGAUAUUUUGGGACCAACAGCCAGACCAGUUCGACUAGAAGCUCUUUCAAGAAAGAAACUUGCAGUAGAUGCAUCCAUUUGGAUUUAUCAAUUUUUGAAAGCAGUGAGAGAUAAGGAAGGCAAUGCCUUGCCACAAUCGCAUAUAGUUGGAUUUUUUAGAAGAAUAUGUAAAUUAUUGUAUUUUGGCAUACAGCCUGUAUUCGUAUUCGAUGGAGGAGUGCCUGUUUUGAAACGUGAAACAAUCAAUAUCAGAAAGAAUCGAAGGCAAAGGAAAGCAGAAACUAAACGAGACGCGGCAAAGAGACUAUUGGCGAUCCAGAUUCAGAGACAAGCAGAAGACGUGGUCAAUUCGAGGACGAAGCGUAAGGAUUCAGAUGAUGAAGAAAUGAUAUAUCUUGAAGAUUUGCCUGUGAAUUUUCCCCAACACGAAACCGCCACCCCAGCUAAGGAGAGAUCACCAACACCCAAUAGCUUGAAAUUUCGAAAAGCUGAUGAGUAUCAUUUGCCAGACUUAACAGAGUUUAAAGUUUCCAAAGACGAUGAAAGAAUAAUGCCAGAAGAGGAAUUUCUUGAAUCAUAUGAAGAUUUUGACCACGUAGAUGGUAUCGACAUCAAUAAAGUUGAUCCGAAAUCGGAAGCCUUUGAGAAAUUACCCAUCGCAACUCAAUAUAUGAUUCUAUCUCAUCUAAGGCUAAAAUCACGUUUGCGUAUGGGGUAUAAGAAAGAACAACUAGAAGAUCUCUUUCCUAAUAGUAUGGAUUUUUCUAAGUUUCAAAUUCAGCAAGUUCAACGUAGGAACUUCUAUACUCAAAAGUUAAUGAAAGUGGCCGGUAUGGGAGAGGAUGGAAAUGUAACUAAGAGAAUUGCAAGUGAUAAGGAUCGAAAGUAUGCUCUUAUUCAGAAUGAAGACGGAUGGACAUUGGCUUUUCAAAGUGAAGAAUCAAGUGCGCAAAAGCCAAUUGACAUAGAGGAUGAAGACGAGGAUCGGGAUAUAACCCGAGAUGUGAUAUCUUAUACCAAAAAGAUCCCAGUUUCUGCGGAUGGAACUGUCAUCAAAUCUGAAGAUCCAAAGAAUGAUCUGGAUGAAAGUGAUUCGGAUUUCGAAGAUGUUCCUCUUGAUGUAAAGCAAGACACCGAGACACAAGAAGAGAAAGAAAUCCAGAAGGCAAUAAUCGCAUCAAUUUAUGACAGAUUUAAAGAUGAGUCCAAGUUGGAACUGAACAAUAUACGCGCAACCACGACUGAUGGUUAUGACCAGGCAGAGUUGAGAGAAGCAAUCAAGCAGUCGAAGCUAGAAUAUCUUGAAAUGCAAGAAGAAGAGCAAAAAGUGGACCAUUUAUUAACUAGUGGGAAUCCCGAUGAUAAAAACGGAAAGAUGAGGGCUAUGGAUCCAGACUUCGGAAACUCAUUUUUGUUUGAUAGUAUGAAGCCUGAAGAGUCAAGACCGGAACCAGUGAAGCAAUCACAAGGUCUUGGUAGAUCAUUUUUAUUUAGUUCAGAAGAACACGAAACAGGGGAGAUUCACCUUGACAGAUCCGUGGGUGAACCUGAAACAAAUCAAGAUGAAAAUAAUGUUAGCGAAAGCCCAGAAACAAUUGAAUCAGAUAUUUCUGAUAUAGAAGUUGCCACAGUCAAUGUGAUUGAAAGAGAAGAUGGCCAAGAGACGUUAGGAUCAAGCAAACCGAAAGCCACUAAAUCUCAAGCAUUGCCGUCAUGGUUUCAGGAUGAAGUGAAAAGAACUCUAAAUCCCCACAAUGAAACAUUUGUCUCAUAUAAAGAGCAUGAAGCUCAUCAUAGAGAUAAGACAGAAGAAGAGGAUGCGGGCUUAAUCCCCUGGUAUGAAGCUAAGGAUUUUUUAGAUGGCGAGGAGCGCAGCACUAAUGAAGUUGAGGAUGAAGUUGAAGAGAUUGCUCCAACGUUGUCAAAGCCUCAGAAUGUGGCACUUAUUGAUCAAUCUGGGAACAAGAAAAAGGAAGAAAGAAGAGCAGUCGCCAUUGACUAUGAUUUUGAAGAAGAUGAAGAAGUGGAGCUCUCAAAACAAAUGGAGGUCGAAGAAGGUGAUCAUGAAAAACUUCGAGUGCAAAUUAAAGAAUCACAUAAUGCUCACACCAUGUCGCUACAAACUAGAAUCACUGAAGAACAAUUAUUACAAGAACAAUUGCAGAAGGCAAAAAGAGAUUCUGACGAAGUGACUGAAACGAUGAUUAAUGACGUUCAAGAAUUACUUAGACGAUUCGGUAUUCCCUAUAUUACGGCGCCCAUGGAAGCUGAAGCACAAUGUGCAGAGCUCCUAAAACUCGGGUUGGUGGAUGGUAUAAUUACUGACGAUAGUGAUUGUUUCUUAUUUGGUGGAGAUAAGAUUUAUAAGAAUAUGUUCAAUCAAAAGCAGUAUGUGGAAUGUUAUCUUCGAGAUGAUAUACAAGCAAAACUUGGGCUCUCUCAAAAGAAUUUGAUUGAAUUAGCAUUAUUGUUGGGAAGUGAUUAUACGGAAGGAAUCAAGGGUAUUGGACCUGUUUUAGCGAUGGAGAUUCUAGCUGAGUUUGAAACAUUGGAAAAACUUAAAAAAUGGUUCGAUAAACAUACGACUUCCACAAAUAUAGAUAAAUCGAACUUGACCUCUGUCCAGAAGACAUUGUUAACUCGAAUUAAAAAUGGUAAGCUUUAUUUGUCAGAUAGUUUCCCGGAUAAAGUCGUUUUCGAUGCAUACAUGUUACCUGAAGUUGAUUCUGAUAAGGAUGAAUUUAAAUGGGGUGUUCCAGACUUGGAUCAAAUUAGAUCAUACUUGAUGUAUAAUGUAAAUUGGUCUCAAGAAAGAGUAGACGAGGUUAUGAUUCCUUUAAUUAGAGAUAUGAAUCGAAGAAAGGCCGAAGGAACUCAGUCAACAAUUGGAGAAUUUUUCCCACAAGAGUAUAUUCAAUCUAGAAAGGAAAUAAACUUAGGGAAGAGAAUGAAACAUGCCGCUAAUAAGCUUAAUAAGAAGAGGAAGACAACCAAUGUAUAG